GUCCGUGCCGCUUCAGCUUUCUUUUUUUCCUUGUCUGCGCGGUGCCGUUAUCGCCGGGCCUGAACUUGCGUAGUCCGGAUAAGUAGCCAGCAAAUUUGUUGUCAGCAGUUAACAUACUCUGUUCUGCAGACACACGCACGGCUUCCAUUAUGUUGGGUUUCUUAUUUUUCGCUUUUCUUGCUGGAGUUGCGCGUGCUAGUGAUGUACUUGAGUUCACAGAUGACGAUUUUGACAGCAAGAUUGGAGACCACGAAUUAAUCCUCGUAGAAUUUUUUGCACCCUGGUGUGGCCACUGUAAAAAACUUGCUCCAGAGUAUGAGAUUGCUGCUACUCGCUUGAAAGGCACUGUCGCACUUGCCAAGGUGGACUGCACUGCCAACACCAAUGUGUGCAGCAAGUAUGGUGUAAGUGGCUAUCCAACCUUGAAAAUUUUCAGAGAUGGGGAGGACUCUGGUUCAUAUGAUGGUCCAAGAACUGCAGAUGGGAUUGUUAGCCAUCUUAAAAAGCAGGCAGGCCCAGCCUCUGUGGAGCUCAAAACUGCAGAAGAAUUUGAGAAGUUCAUUGGUGACCAUGAUCCCAGUGUUGUGGGCUUCUUUGCUGAUGCUGGAAGUGCUGCCCAGAGUGAGUUCCUGAAGGCAGCCAGUGCACUGAGAGAGUCAUAUCGCUUUGCUCACACUAACCUGGAGGAUCAUCUGAAGAAACAUGACAUUGAGGGAGAGGCUGUUGUUCUGUUCCGGCCACCUCACCUCAAUAACAAAUUUGAAGAGAGCAGCGUUAAGUUUGGUGAGGACAAAUUUACUAGCCCCAAGAUAAAGAGGUUUAUUCAGGACAAUGUGUUUGGAAUGUGCCCCCACAUGACUGAUGACAACAAAGACCAGCUGAAAGGCAAAGAUUUGAUGGUGGCUUAUUAUGAAGUGGACUAUGAUAAAAACCCCAAGGGCUCCAACUACUGGAGGAACAGGGUCAUGAAGGUGGCCAAGAGCUUCCUGGACCAGGGGAAGAAGCUGAGCUUUGCCGUGGCCAAUAAGAACAGCUUCAGCCAUGAUGUGUCAGAAUUGGGCCUGGAUGCCAGCAGUGGAGAGCUACCCGUUGUCGGCAUCCGAACCAGCAAAGGAGACAAAUACGUGAUGCAGGAGGAAUUCUCGCGCGAUGGGAAGGCCCUGGAGAGAUUUCUGCAGGAUUAUUUUGAUGGAAAACUUAAGCGCUACCUGAAGUCUGAACCCAUUCCUGAGAACAACGAUGGCCCAGUCAAAGUUGUUGUGGCUGAGAACUUUGACUCCCUUGUGAAUGAUGACAGUAAGGAUGUACUGGUUGAGUUCUAUGCCCCUUGGUGUGGACACUGCAAAAGCCUGGAGCCGAAAUACAAAGAACUGGGUGAGAAGCUCUCCGGUGAUCCAAACAUUGUCAUUGCCAAGAUGGAUGCCACAGCUAAUGACGUACCAUCCCCGUAUGAAGUUAGAGGAUUCCCCACCAUCUAUUUCUCUCCAGCUGGACAGAAACAGAAUCCAAAGAGAUACGAGGGAGGUCGUGAAGUCAGUGACUUUAUUUCCUAUCUGAAGAAGGAAGCAAGUAACCCUCUGGUGGUAAAGGAUGCAGAAGAGACAAAGAAAAAGAAGAAGAAGAAGGAUGAUAAGUCAGAGUUAUAAGUGGUCAAAACCCAAGAAUUCUAAUGAGGGGAUCAUGUAGGGGAGCUAAAUUAUAUUCCAACUUUAGUGAACAUCAGAAUGCUCUGACACAACGUUGGCUCUCUUGGCUCAGCUGCUCUGGGGGACACUGUGGAAAGUUGUGGUGGCCAGACCUCUGUGAGAUUGGAUAAUAUGGAAGAGGUACACUGUGGUCAGACCGAGGAGUUUUGGUUUUUUGUUUUGUUUUGUUUUUGUUUUUUUUUUGCCCCCCUCACUGUACCACAAAGAGGCACUUAGAUUUUCAGACCAAUUUCCGUCACAUUUGCUUUCUCUUGGAAAUGGGGUAGGGGUUUGAAGUAGGGGUUUUGUUUUUGUUUUGAUUUUUUGUACCAUCUCAUUUUGUACAUUUGGAAAGAUUGUGAAAUAAAGGCCCACUAAACCAAGAA